GCGAGGGAGGCCGGGGCGGCGGCCGGAGAGAGCGGCGGGCGAGCCAUGUGGUUCAUGUACGUGCUGAGCUGGCUGUCGCUGCUCAUCCAGGUGGCCUUCGUCACCCUGGCCAUCGCGGCUGGGCUCUACUACUUGGCUGAGCUGAUAGAAGAGUACACGGUGGCCACCAGUCGCAUCAUCAAAUACAUGAUCUGGUUUUCCACAGCCGUGCUGGUUGGCCUCUACGUCUUCGAGCGUUUCCCCGGCUUCCUGAUUGGCAUGGGCCUCUUCACCAACCUCGUCUACUUCGGCCUCCUUCAGACUUUCCCUUUCAUCAUGCUGACCUCGCCCAACUUCAUCCUUUCUUGUGUGUUGGUGGUGGUCAAUCACUACUUAGCGUUCCAGUAUUUUGCAGAGGAAUAUUACCCCUUCUCAGAGGUCCUGGCCUAUUUCACAUUCUGCCUCUGGUUAAUCCCGUUUGCGUUCUUUGUGUCACUGUCUGCUGGGGAGAAUGUCCUGCCCUCCACUAUACAGCCUGGAGAUGACGUGGUCUCCAACUACUUCACCAAAGGCAAACGAGGCAAACGUUCUGGAAUCCUGGUUGUCUUCUCCUUCAUCAAAGAGGCCAUCUUGCCCAGCCGUCAGAAGAUUUACUGACCACUUGGGGAGGGGGCCCAGGGGUGAGGAGGAGGGAGCUGGGGCAGCGAGCCUGGAAUUGGAUCUUCCGUCGUCAUCGUCGUCGUGGACGUCUGUGGGGGACCGUCCUCCCACUCUGGCCCUCUCCCCCGUAUCCCAGACACCCCCGAGGGGUCUUGGUCAGGACCGGACAAAGCCGAAGGCCAUGUGAUGUGACCUGGACAUUGCUUCCAGAGGAGUGCAGAGCUUGCUGUCUAGGGAGGGCUGCCCAUCUUUGGACUUUGGGCAGCCUUCAGGCCAGGAGGCUGAAAACUGCCCCUUGUCCCUUCCUCCUGAGACCUGUAAUGGGGAUAGUGGGCCAAGUUCCCUUGCUAGUCCGUCAGUCCCAAAGUACUGGGCUCUGCUGUGGGGAAGGCAGAGAGAGAUGGGCUCCUCUCUGUAGAGGACCCUGAGGUGGAGCCAUGACUUGGUGCAUUUCCAAAGGAAAUAGCUUUUUGGUGUUGAAUCGAGCUGUGAUUUCUGUCAAAGUACAAGUACCCAUUUGAAUAAAGAUUCUAGGUGGCAUUUUUUCCUUAAUGCCCUGAAAAA